AUGGUCUCUAAAUUGACGCCUCUGCAAAAAGAGCUUUUGGUCGCUCUGCUGAGUUCCGGAGUUAACAAAGACAUUUUGAUCCAAGCGCUGGACGACCUCAGCCAGAGUAGGACUGGGGUUAAACUGGUGGAUUUCCAGAUGUCCCGGCCAAGUUCUAAGAUGAACGGAAAUUAUUCAGAUUCAAAGCAAAUCUUCAGUAGACUGGCCAACGGACACGGUAAGGGCUCCAGGUUAUCGGGUGACGAGGGUUCCGACGAUGGGGACAAUUUGGAUACACCGCCAAUACUUAAGGAACUUCUGUCCCUCGAUACAGAGGAGGCGGCAGAGCAGAGGGCUGAAGUAGAUGGAAUCUUAGCUGAAGACCCAUGGUGUGCCGCCCGCAUGAUCAGAGGGUACAUGAAGCAGCACAACAUUCCCCAGCGGGAGGUGGUGGACGUCACAGGGCUCAACCAAUCCCAUCUGUCCCAGCACCUCAAUAAAGGCACGCCCAUGAAGACCUAUAAACGUGCAGCACUCUACACCUGGUACGUCCGGAAACAGCGAGAAAUUCUCAGACAGUUCACCCAGGCAGGUCAAGCCUCUAACAGCAUGUACUUGACAGGCACAAGCAGUGAGGAUCAGGUGCUGUUUAUUUUCCCAGACUUCCAUCAGCCCGGACCGAAAACGGGACAGGCUGAGGAUGGGGAGGAUGUCGACCCAGCCUGCAAGAAAACGAGGCGCAACCGUUUCAAAUGGGGCCCUGCAUCCCAACAGAUCCUCUACCAGGCCUAUGAGCGACAGAGGAACCCCAGCAAGGAGGAGAGGGAGGCGCUGGUGGAGGAAUGUAAUCGAGCCGAGUGUGUGCAGAGAGGAGUGCCCCCGACCAAAGCCUAUGGCCUGGGUUCCAACCUGGUCACGGAGGUGCGCGUCUACAACUGGUUCGCCAAUCGCCGCAAGGAGGAAGCCUUCCGACAGAAACUGGCCCUGGAUGCCUACGGCGGGUCCUCUCUCGGCGCUGACGCCCUGCUGCCCCACAGCUCUCCCUCCCGGCCCCAGGACUGUGCCUCGCCCCCCACAAAAAUGCCAGGGGUCUGCUACAGCCAGCAGGGAGCUAGCAAGGACACUUCCAGCACAGCCAUUGGUCACCAUGGCAACGACAACAUGGAAGACAGCCGGCCUGUGUUGCAGGAGCUGUCUCCCGGCGACCUGGACCCCGCCCACUGCCUGCUCUCACCUGACACCAAGAUGGUGAGCACACCUAUGUCAGGAGGAGGGCUACCUCCCGUCAGUACGCUGACGCACAUACAUCGCUCUGACAGCCCCCAUCAAACCCAGGACCGGAUCAGAACCCUGCCCGGAGGAGCCGUGACCGCAGCGCGGCAUCUGGGCGUGUCGCGGGCGCAGACGGAGGUUGCGGGGAGUUUGGCGGGGCUGCUGUUCCCGCCGCAGCUGCACGGCUGCCAGGAGCACGACCUGCUGCACCAGGGGUCUGACCACCGGACCCAGCAGCCUUUCUUGGGCCCCGUGUAUAAGCCGGAUCUCCCCCAGUGCUCCCAGCUCCCGCACUACCCCGCCCACCAGGGGGCAGAACGAUGCCAGCAGCAUCACCACCCUCAGCCCCAGGUCCUCCCCCAAGCAGUGCCCUUUGCUAGCCUGGUGAUUGCGCACCUGGCAACGGGAGAGCAUUCUUCCACCCUCUCACAAGCGUAA